AGGAAGCGAGGCGGGUAACAAAGGCAAAAGGAAGAGGGAAGGAGCGCGGGAGACCGAGAGAAAAGACCAGCACGGCUCGAACAGUAGCGGGGAGGCGAGAGAGUGGGUUAGCGCGGGCGCCGAAGCGGCGCGGAGUGGCGCGGCGCGCCGCACCGGCCGCCACCAGAGGCAGCGCCUCCGAAUCUCAUCCCGUUCGGUCCUCGGGGGCUUCAGUCAGUCAGCCGACGCUCCGAGACGCGGUGAUUAUUCCCAUUGUAUGCCCGCUGCUCGAGGGGGGGUUUUCUUCCACCACCGACUCUCGCUCGCCUCCUCUCUCUCUCGCACGCUCACGGCUACGCGAUCGUCCGCUCGCCCUCGCGGCCUACUGCUGCUACCGCUACUACGGCUACUGCUACCGCUGCUGCUCGUGCUUGCCUACAUCGUCGUCGUCGUCGUCGUCGUCGUCGUCGACGCGUUCUCGCGCGUUCGCGAUAGUGUCGUAACCGGAGCGUCGGUGUUUUCGAUCGUCGAAACUUGGUCGAUACGCGUCGACGAUCGUUCCUUAUUUCUUCUUUCUUUUUCUUUUUUUUUUUCUCUCCUUUCUUCCUCCUCCUCUUCCUGUCGUCGUUCCUCCUCGUCUUCUACAACCGGAAGAUCGAAGGAUCUCGGCGCAGUCACACGGUCGGAACAACUGGAUUUCCAAUCGUGCGUGCGUGUGUGCGCGCGCGCGCUCCCUCGCGGAGCUACAUCGAUCUUGCCGUCUUCCUGUGAGUGAGAUCGGUGACCAACGUCGCGACGGAACAUCCGCCGCAGGACCGAGGACCAUGACGUGAACCCCUUGGGUUGGGUUGGGACCAGCCGGUGUACACGAUUCCUCCAAGACAUCUGGUGUUCCACGUAUAUACAUGUAUACGUAUAUGUACAACGAUUGUUCACGAUUGUGCGGAUCGUGGACGAGUGAAACGAGUAAUAUAUAAUAAAAAAAACGUCCGCCGAAUUUCGUUGUGCUCGUUGGAACGGUGGAUCCGCGCCACGUCCGACACGCUCGCAUCCCAAGCCUCGGAUCGUUGCUUCUCGUUCAAGUGCCGGUUCUGUGCGGGGGUGUCAAAUAUACAUAUAAUACGCAUCUCGUUGAUUACGUGACAAGUGCCACGAGGAAGUCGAAGUUCGGGGUAGUCGAGAGCUACCAGCGCGCGAGCAGGAUGAUAUGAGCACGCUUGGCAGAUUGAGGAUGUCCUCAAAGAGGAAGUCACCACCAACGAAGCUAUCGGAGGGCGGGGGCGGCACGGGUACAGUGGCAGGCGCAAACGAGGAGGAGGAGGACACGACCUCGUCGGUGACCGGUGGUCCCGGUGGCGAGGUAGCCGUCGGUGAAGAGGGUCCCACCACCCCCGUCGACAUCGAGGACUGUUACCCCCACCAGAGGGGAGGUGACUGCGAGUCGUCCGGCUGCUCGUCGCCGGCGACAACCAGCGAGCCCGAUCUCAGGGACUCGCCCUCGCCAUCGUCGAAUUCCUUGCGGACCAGCAAGCGGCAGAGGAUCGUGUUGACGGGGCAGGAGGCACUUGCCUACCAUUAUCCCCCCCACCACCACCACCACCAUCAUCACCAUCACCACCACCAUCACCACACGAACACAUCCUCGUCGUCGGGCGGUGUCGUGGAACCCGCCAGCUCCUCCGAGUGCGGCUCGCCCCCCACACCCUUAACCGUCGACCCCUAUUACCCCACCCAUCCUCAUCACAACAACAACAACACCGUCACCCAGAAUAAUAACAACAACAACAACAACAACAACAACGGCGGGAACGCCACCACAGCGACUACCAAGAGAUCCAUGGACGACGUGCUGAAGAGGUUAACCUUCAAGAUGAACAGCGAGUCGUUGUCGCUGCAGGACGACACGAGUAAUAACAGGCGGAACAGCCCGCCGCCCACCUCCACGCCGACCGGGCACAACGCGCAUUGCGGAGGCGUCGCCAGCGUGGCGAACAGCGUGCCACCCUCGCCCCCGGCAUCUGGCAGGAUGCAGAACACGGAUGGACAAGUGCAGCAGGAUGGCGCGUCGGCCUUGCACAGGGUCUUCUGCGCGGAGAGCUUCGCGGAGAAGGAGCGCAGGCUAUCCGAGAUGAUCCUGCAGCUGCAGCUGCUCAGGGAACAAUUGCUGCAACAGCAAGAUCAGUCGAAGUCGUAUCCUGCGCACAUGACCGUCGACUCGCAGAAGCAAAUCGAGAUGCAGCGGCUGCAAACGGAGCACUUGAAGCGGCAGCAAGAGCACAUCAUGCAGCACAACAUCCAGGAGCUACAGGCUCAGAUGACAAAGAACCAGCUGAGCAUGUCGGGGCCGCAAUCCUUGAUGUUCCUACCGUUUCUCGAACAGCUCAGAGGGUUGCCGGUGCAAUCGCCUAUGCCGCCGCCGCCUGUUACGUCGACGUCAACCACCACCAACAAACAUAUCAAUUCGAUCGCUAACAUGAUCAGCAGCCACAGGGAAGGGCCAAGCUGGGCGACGGCGCAUCUCGCGCAGAUGACCACGCAGAUGGAGAAGGAAGCGUCGCCGACGCCGAUCUCUUCCGCGGUGGCGCCGACCGCUGCCCCCUUGCAGGACCUCGACGCGCCCCUCAACCUCACCAAGCCCAAGUCCUCGUCGUCCGGGGCCACGGCGUCCUCCUCGUCGCCCGGAAGCGACUCCCACUCGACCGGGGCCGGAAGCAGCGGCCAGCAGGAGCAACCGCUCGCGGCCACCGCGCCCAAGCUCUUCCCACCCGGGCUACCGAUGCCUCGAAAUUAUCUCACCACCCUUCCCUACGCGGGCCUCCCGCCUCACCUCAGCUCCAUCUCCUCCCCGAUGGGCAAGGUAAUGGCCAAAGACGAGGCGGCUGGACCUGGGGGUGCGGUGGCGGCAGCCGCGGUCGCCGCCAUGGAGAAGCACAUCGCGAUGCACAGUAUUUACGCGAUACCGCCGAGCGCUGGCGCGAUGCCCCCGUCGCCGCAGACCCAACGACCCGGGGGUCUCAAGCACUCCAGUUCUCGGGAAGAGGCUGCACAGGAGGAACAGGACUACCUGUCGACACCUCACAUGUGGCGGGAGCCGGGUUACAAGGUACCGGAAGACAUAACGGAAAAAGCUAAAAUGGUGAGACAGCAGAAGAGGGAGGGUGAGAACAAGCCACAUAUCAAGCGGCCUAUGAAUGCGUUCAUGGUGUGGGCCAAGGACGAGCGUAGGAAAAUUUUGAAAGCCUGCCCGGACAUGCACAACUCGAACAUAUCGAAGAUACUCGGAGCUCGAUGGAAAGCGAUGUCGAAUUCCGAGAAACAGCCGUACUACGAGGAGCAAUCACGGCUGUCGAAGCUGCACAUGGAGAAGCAUCCCGACUACAGGUACAGGCCGCGGCCGAAACGCACCUGCAUCGUGGACGGGAAGAAGAUGCGCAUAUCCGAGUACAAGUCGCUGAUGCGGCAACGGAGGCAGGAGAUGAGGCAACUGUGGUGCCGUGACAGCGGGCCAGAGAUGAGCUUCCUGUCCCCGGUCGGCUCUGAACUGGGCACGCAACACCAUCCGGGGACCGGUGCCGGGCCGUCGGCGAGGCCUAGCGUGUCCCCUCCGGCGACCAUGUUGAACGGAGGCGCGGCCGGCCCCAGUUCCGACCAUCCGUCCUUCUAUUACCCCCAGGACAGCCUUUCGCCGACGGAUAUGAUGAACUUCUCGCCAGAGAACUCGGGAUCGAUCGGCGGUUACGACGCGAGCCCCCGCCACCACGACGAGGAUUGAACCGCGGCUCCGGGUCAGCCGCCAUGGCCGCCCGGAGCAUCAUCGUCGUCAACAACAACAACAGCAGCAGCAGCAGCAGCAGCAGCAGCGGCAACAGCAACGUCCACGUCCACGAGACUCGGCCACGAGUUGUUCUGGUAAAAGAGAUUCUUGCGCGAUGGAAAUAUAUACGCGAUGAAUAUGAAUAUAUAUACGGUGGUAUAUAUAUAUAUAUAUAGGCCGUGUGAAAAUAUAUCCGUGAAAAUCGAGGAAGGGAGAUGAUGAUAAAGAAAAAAAAAAAAUAAGUGACUGAGCGUUUCGAAGCCUCGCCCGAGAGGUUGUGAUAUAUAAUAAACGAUUCGAUUUAUUCUGUGCCAUCGUACGACGCGUGGAGGCCCUCCCGCGGAUUCGAGCGAGGCGAGUCCAUGCCUUCCCUCGAUCAGCCGUCGUCGUGUCGUCGUUUCAACGCGCGAUCGUUUCUCGAGACGAUCUCGUCUCGCUCGUGCGCAAGCAAAAAUAAUAAUAAUAAUAAUGAUAAUUGCGCAAUUAGGAUCGCGCCUCUUUGGGACAGUUUCGUAAGAGUCGCCCAAUCUCGGCCAAUCGAACCUACGCCCCUCCCCCCUCCCGUUAUCCGUACGAUUCAGAACGAGACACCGGUGAAGCUCUCUAAGGAUAAAACGCAGGGAGAGGGAGCUUAUUACCGUUAUACUUGAAAUAUACACGUGGGGGGAAGUUGAGGGCGACGGUUUUGGUCUUUUUUUUUUAAGAAACGGCGGACACGACGGCGGACACGAGGAGUACAUGGUGUAUUCCGUUGGUGUAAUCAAAAGCGCGACCAAGGCGAGCGCAAAACGAUUAAGGCCUGAUCUGUUGAUUUAGAGAUAUGCGCGCGAGUAGAAUUGUCGAACAGGUAACGAACAGGUCGAUUCAACGCGUCGUGUCAACGUGUAUAUGUCGGGGUAUCCAUCUCGCGGGUGUUUAUAUCGCGGGAGCAACAAACAUAUGAACGCUAGAAUUAUACAUAUAAAAUAAAAAUAAAUAAAUAUAAAUAUAAAAAAAAAUAUAUAUAUAUAUAUAUACACACAAUUAUAUAUAUAUACAUACCUGAUUUUUCGUAAGACUGCCAUGUGUCACGUGUGUGCGUGCGCGCGUAGAAGAAGAAGAAGAAGAAGAAGAAGAAGAAGAUCGAUCCGAUGCAAUCUCCCGCUCGAUGCUCGAUCGAACUCGUUUCUAUCGCGUUUCGUAUUAUGAACCGCGUUUCCAACACACCGCGAGACGAUCGCGACAUUGUAUUUCAGUGUGCACGUGCGUGAGUAUGUGUGUGUACGAAGAUAAUACGGUGAGCGGCCAAAAAAGAAAAAAAAAGUCUUGUUCCUAUUCCUUCUAGUGUGUGUGUGUGUGGUCUAAUAGCGAUACGCCAUUCCGGUCGGCCGUGUCGAUACGUGAGAAACGAUGAUAGAAAUGAUGUUAAUUAAAAAGAAAAAAAAGAAAGAAAGAAAGAAAAAAAGAAAAGAAAAGAAAGAAAUUGAAUGUAAAAAAAGGAAAGAAUGAAGAAAAAAGAAAGAGAAAGAAACUAUGGUCCGUUGAUUGUCGCGUCGUAUUUAGAUCGAAAUGUAAUAUUCCAGGUUCACGGCGGACGCUCCUUUUUUUUUUUUUUUUUUUUUUCCGUUUAUUCACAUGCGAUCACUGUUAUCCGGUAUGUCGCGCGAGGAGGCCGGAACAGGGGAUGAAAGAAAGAUGUGAAAUCUCAUAUUCCGUCACACGCGAUUUGCACCCGCUCGAGUCACAGGGAUAGUGUGGCCACUUCGUUUCUUCGCGUCUCUGAAAAGAAAAAAAAGAAGAAAGAAAAGAAACACUUAUAGUACUUAUAGUAUUUUUCGCAAUUAAUUUAUGGACCGUUAAUCAGGGGCAGAGAGAGAGAGAAUGACGAGAGAGAGAAGAUGAGAGAGGGUAUGGAUCGACGGUUGAGCGAAAGAGAGAAGAGCGUGGAAAGCGCGAUAAAGAGAAUGUUUCUUGUUUCGUUUUUUUUUUUUUUUUUUUCUCUAAAUAAAAGAAAAAUAUCGAAUAAUCUAAAAAAAAAAAAAAAAAAAAAAAAGAGAAAUAAUCGAAACGUAUUAUUAGAAGGAAAGGAGUUGUGUGUAUGCGUAGGAGGAAUGAAUAGCGAGAAAAUGAGAGGAAGGACACGCGCGGCGUCAAUUUUUUAGUACAAUGUUACAAUGUGUAAAUUACGGACGGGGAAAAUUAGCGUUAUUUAUUGUAAACGAUGUAAACGAACGAAUAAUCAAAUUCUAAUACGA